AUGGCAAGGGGACUGUCCGCAGGAUCAGUCAGGUGGUGGAACGGAGCAUGGGUAUGCUUUGUCAGCAAAAGGGUCCGGCCAGAUGUACUGGCUCUGCUGAAGCGACAAGUAGAGAGCGAAGGGGAAUGCGAGGAUGACGAGGAUGACAAGGGUAAGGUCGGGUAUGCAGCAGAUGCACCAACCAGUGUUUGCUAUUACUGGCACCUCCUCCAAGGCAUUGUGGAAUCAUAUUCAUUUGCUGAGGAAGAGCUGGCGAAGCAUGCAUCACUUGUCAAAAGUGGUGUAGCAAUGGAUGAAGAAGAACCAAUUGACAAUGCAUCUUGCACUGAGUCAGAAUCGUCUGACUCCUCAGAUGGAGAAGAAGACCUUACUGACGAUGCAUCUGGCACUAAGUCUGAAUCAACCAGUUCCAUGCAUGGCAAUGAACAACCCAUUCCAAAAGCAUCUUACACAGAGUCCGAAAGUUCUAACUCUUCAGAUGAUGUGAUCGUUCUAGAUCACAAGCCAGCAGACUGGAUUGAUAGACCAUUUGAUAAUACCAGAAAGAGAUGCAGAGACAAUGAAUUAAUUGUCCUGGAGUACAAGCCUGUUGAAUGA